AUGAAUGCAAGCUUUUCUCAAACGCAGACGUUCACUGUGAGACGUGUUUGUUCGGAUACGCUGCGCUCGCUUGCUGAUACGAAAGACACUCUAAUAAUGGUCUGCAUCGGUCUGCUGGAGGCGCUGGAUCGCCUGCAGGAUCGCCUUCAUCUGUCCACCUCUGUCGUUAAAGAGCUUAAGCGUCGGCUGGCAAAGAUGGUAACGCGCUCGGCUGUGAGGCCCAAAUCAAAGUGCUCAAACGACGAGGAAUUGGGCGAUGCCGUAGCUAGAAGCUGCUUGAGGGAUGCUGCAAAGCCCGAGGAAGUGCGAGGGGUUGUGCACUGGGUGCUGACCGUCACUACAUCGCUGCAGAAACUCGUCGUCAAAACAUCGCUGAGAAUGUGUCACGGCAUCUUCGUGCUGAUCAUGAGUUUGCCUGGAGUUUCUACGGCCUGUUCAUUUAUUUAUGGACUGCUACAAGCAAUGGAGGAUACGCUAAGAUUGUCAAGUGACGAGAUAAUGGAGGCUGCUUCGACAUGUGGAUCUGGACCCGGGAGCGGCCGCAGCCGAAGUCAUCAUCAUUUGCACCACCGACAUUAUAGCAAUACUGAGAGUUAUGUGGUUGAUCCGAGUUUAACGGCCGUGGUUCUGGAGUACAAGGAGAAAGAGAGCAUGGUACCAUCAAAUAUUGAUCAGAGGAUACGACGCGUCAUGCAUUUCCAGAUACCGUUGCAUUCGUUUGAGGCGACGGUGCGAUUACCUCCAGAUAAUUUACAGGGUUCGGCUCCAUGGAGAAGAUCAACUAGUGAUGCAAAUGUUUGCAGUGGCUGUCAAAUUCAAUCUCAGGAGGAAACCAAACUAAGUUUAGCUCAGCUGAGUUCCGUGACCCCGCGAUCAAUACCUGUGUCACCUAUGGCGCGUAAGCGUGUGCAGCUAGCAUUUUCGAAUUUUUCAGAUGACGUUCUGUAUCAGGCUCGUGACCGACUUCGACAGGAACGUGCAGCGACCCUAACGGGGGAUCGUAGUUUGCGUGUGCCACGAUUCAAUGUGCAUGAUUGUCACGAAGAUAUUUAUUUAUCCUGUGGCCGCCAUUGUGCGUUUAAGGUAGGCACAGGCAUGUACCGCAGCGUGCGUGCUUCUGUGCCGCUACAGAAAAAUAGGUUUGUAUAUUUUGAAAUGACUCUGCAACAAGGGUGGGCACCCAUUCGUGGCCCGAAUAUGAGUUUGUCAAAACGCGAGGUUUCGUCGCAGAUGACUCGUGGAUCGACUUCUCUACUGGGUGGUGCUAGUAGCGCGAUUGCAGGCAAUUUGACCGACCUAGCCGAAAAUGACGUUAGCGUUUGUAUCGGGUUGUCAACGCGAUUGAUGCCGCUCAACACUCUCGUCGGUGCAUCAAAAAAUUCGAUAGGGUUUUAUUCCGCCGGCCACGUGCUUGUAGGCUCGGAUGGCCGCCGCUCCGUUGAAGUUAGCCGGAAGUAUGGUUCUCAGUCUACUGUUGGGGUCUUGGCCCAGGUGGUUUGUCACCAGGAAGAUGAACCCUUUAUUACGGCCACCACAAGUGUUUCUGGGCCAUCUGCAUCUUCUUCCAGAGUGAGAUCGGGUCACGUUGGAUCACCCAUCGGCGAAGCAUUAGUGCGCUUCACUGUGGAUGGAAUUGCGCUUCGCGAUAGCAACAAUCGUGUCAUGAAAUUUACCCUCCCCUUUCCCUCGAGAAGCGAGCUUUAUCCGACAUUGACAUUACAUUCUCAAGAUUUAAAUGUGUUUAGCCAGAUGUCGGCACCCGACAUCACUUGCCUUGAUUUGAGAGAACUGGAUCUACCUGGUGAAGAAACAGUUGACAUAUGGUGUCUGGACGGCAUGCAGUGCGGACCCGCGGCUUAA